AUGGCUCCUACACGGCCACCCGGUGGAGCCCCCGGACCUUCGUCCUCAUCCAGUGAUGUCUCCGCGGCGUGCCGGCCCGACGAUCUUCGGGCGACCAGCUCCCGGGCGUCACCGGGCGCUGGUUCGAACACUUCCCUGCCGGCAUGCAGAGGGAUUCCCGAGUGGCCCGGCACCGGCGGAAGGGACCCUUCUCCGUCGGUGCCUGGUCGUGCUCGAUCUCCCGGAAACCGCCUGGACCACCGCUCUGAGAGCCGGACCGCGUCCUCGGCCGCCCGCAGGAGGUUUCUCCGAGAGGCAGUCCGACGGAACUCCGCCGGGCCCACCACCACCGCCUCGGACCGAGAUGGCAGACCAUCCCCGCUGCCGCAGCCGUCCACCGCACCUCCGAGUCCACCCAGCCCAGCCAUCAGCUCUACUUCGGGCACAGGAGCCAUGCAACCCCCGCCGCUGUUCCCACCCACCACCUUGAUCGUCGGCGACAGCAUCACACGAGGUAUCCGUUUCUUCAACGCCACUACUCAUUCUUUCCCCGGUGCAACUGUCGCCGACAUCAUGACAAAACUCCCCGGUCUUCUUCAGUCACUCCCUCCCUCUAUCCACCGCAUUAUUGUCCACGUCGGCACCAACGACACAGCUCACAAACAAUCUGAACUGACCAAAAUGGACUUCAAAUCACUUCUCCACAUCCUUCAGUGCAGCGGCAAAUCUGUUUUUAUAAGUGGUCCGCUACCAACGCUAACACGUAGCAUUGAUCGUUUUAGCCGCCUCCUCAGUCUGAACUCCUGGCUUCGCUCACUCUGCAGCACCCUCUCCACCCACUUCAUUGACAAUUUUAAUCUGUUCUGGAAUCGACCCCCAUUUUUCUCCCAUGACGGACUUCACCCAAACAAACUGGGCUAUUAUACACUCAUUGCCAAUAUCCAACACCAUAUACACACCAACUGA